AUGGAAGCGAGCACGAUUGGACUUACACAGACAGUGGAGGUCCCAACGGACGGACAUUAUCCAACCGAGGGCCGACUUCAGUCCAGCAAAUCCCAUCUGAUGUUGCCAAUCGAUUUCAUCGCGAGUCUGCAGGUUCUGAGCCCAGGCCGUCCUGGUAUCUCACCACAACGUAACGGCCACCAGUUAGCCAGAACUCGCCCAUACCAAAUUCGCCCAAUCUGUCCCAUGACGUGGUCAGACUCUGCUCCAGUGCUCACUGCAGUUGGGGAGCUUGCUACCUAUGCAGCCGCUUCGUGCCGCACAGUCGCUGUAAAUCCGGAUACAUCUGCCAAGAUAGUCUGCUAUCCCGCUGUAAGCCCCGUUCAAACCCCGAGUGCGUCCGGCGCAACAGGCGAAGCCCAUGUCGAGGCUUACGCUUCCCCUACUCUGACCCAGCUUGGCAGCUACACCUAA